ACAGGUGAUGAGGUGUCAGGUUUCAGUGUUGACGGGUGGCUUUAUAGAGCUGAUCCCGAAAGACUCAAAACGCACGAUUCUAUCUAUAAGCACUUUUGGAAUUUAAAUACUCAGCAACCCGGAAACGUAACGGGCAGCCAUGGCACCCAAAUAUGACGGCUUGUCCCACUGUAAGCUGGCCCUGGUGUUUGCUGUGCUGAUGGACCUGUUGGGUGUGAUAUCCCUGCUGCUGGGGGUCUUUGCUCCACUAGAGAUCCAAGGCAGAGACUUUGGGGAUCUGCUUGUAUACUCAGGAGCCCUGCUGGUGCUGCUGUCCCUGGCAGGCUGGGUCAUGUGGUACAGUGGCAAUAUUGAGGGUCUGACCUCUAAAAAGGAGUUUGGGGGAACUGUGGGUGGAGCUGUGGACCGCCUUGCUCGCUCCCUGAGCCGAAGGAUACGGAUCCCUAGGACUCACAGCAGUCCAACAUAGGAGGUGGAUCCCAAAGACACAGAGAACUACCUGACUGACUUAGACCGUUGUUAUUUCGAGGGCUGUCCUUAACCAGGUGGCGGGCCAAACUGCCUGAGGCAAAGGAGUGUCAUUGCUGUUUGUCAAUCUCUUCACAUACACUUCUGCUGUGGAGUUAACAAACUCCUUGUUCACAUGAAGCAGAACUGUCAGGGUUAUUCAUUAUGUUUUCAUGAGAAAAACAGAGAGCAUUUUUGUCCUCUUUGCUUAACAAGUUGUAUGUGGACUACUCAGGACUGGAAUGUAAUAGGCGUGACUAUAGAUUCCAAUAUAUGAAAAUUAAAAAGAUUAAUCUGUUGUAUUAGUUCGUCGAUUUCCUUUGAAGAUAUUCAUUAAUCUGUUGAUUUAACUGGUACAGAAACACCACUUAGAAUGAAAGUUGCUACAUUAACCACUGAGGACAUUUUUAUUAACAAUAAUCAUGUUCACACAAGGUUGAGUCAGAGCUAAUACUCAAGUCUUAAUUGUCUUUCCAAGAAGGAAAAAGAGCUGCUAUGACAUCAACAUGUGUGCACAAACUUGUAAGUGCACAUAAAUACUGCAUAGGACACUUGAAAGAAUUGCUUUCCCUUAUUUUACAAAAGAUACUGAAAUCAAAUGAAAACAUAAAACAAAUUAAAACAUCCAAACACAUUAAGCGCAAAACUGAUUGAGAAAAUAAAUAAUUUUUAAAGACAAACACUGAAGCUGUUCAUUCAAAAGAUAGGAUAUCACAUAUUC